AUGUUCCCGACGUACCCAAUCAUUCUACCGUUCAAACACACUGAGCAAGAAGUUGUGGAUUUCCACGGAGCCAAAUCUCAGCAGGUGAUUCCAGGCGUUCCCAAAUUUGAUAACCGCCGCGUUGUCGACGGCCAACGGAAGAUGAUUUUCCACAAGCCACUCCCUGUCACCAGUGAUGGCCGCAAAUUUGAGCUCAGGACGAAAGUUGUGGGCGUCUAUGACAAGGGAAAGGCCGGCUCCGUCGUGGAGACGCAGCAGGAGAUCGUGGACAAGGAGACCGGAGAGGUUUAUUCCACGGCGAUUGGAAGUGGCUUCUAUGUCGGCCAAGGCAAUUGGGGACCGGCCACCAUCAACUAUCCUCCUCCGAAAGGACAAUCACCCGAUGUUAUCUACGAAUAUCAGACAACCGCUCUUACCCCAUUACUAUAUCGCCUGAACGGCGACUAUAACCCUCUACAUGCCGACCCAGAGCCAGGCAAGAAAAUGGGUUUCGGCGGUGUCAUUAUCCACGGCCUGUUCAGUUGGAACAUGACUGCGCACGCGAUCCUUCAGAAGCUAGGCGGCAGUGAUCCGCAGAAUCUACGGGAAUUCCAAGCUCGAUUUGCAUCUCCAGUGCGGCCGGGUGACAAGCUCACCACGGAGAUGUGGGUGACCGGUAAGAAAGAAAACGGGUUCGAUGAGGUGAUUUUUGCAACGAAAAAUCAGGACGGCAAAGUCGUCCUCAGUAACGGUCGUGCUUUGGUGAAAGUUGGAUCCAAGAGCAAGCUUUGA